UGAAAUUGCUCAAAACUACAAGUGGUACAAUUGAGGCGCAUCGAACCGAGCACCUAUCGAUGCAGCCAGCUUACAAAGCCAACACAACCCUUCACUUGGUCCACUACAAAAGCUUUCGUUUACAACAUAUGGUACGGGCUUCUUUGUUUCAUUCACCUUGAUCAUUACCAAAUUUCCGUCCAUCAUGUCCGCAAUUUCGAAAGGCUCCCUCGUCCUAGUGACAGGUGCUAAUGGAUUCAUCGCGAGUCAUACCGUUGACCAGCUUCUCAUCGCAGGCUUCAAAGUGCGGGGAACAGUCCGCUCAGAGGAUAAGGGCAAAUGGUUGCUGGAUCAUUUCAACAAGAAAUACGGCCCUGGAUCACUCGAGAUUGCCGUUGUGCCAGAUAUGUCUGUGAAGGGUGCAUUCGAUAAUGCCGUCAAAGGAGUCUCUGGAGUCGUCCACAUGGCAAGCAUCUUGACCUUCGACCCAGAUCCGCAAAAGGUCAUUCCGGUUGUCAUUGCUGGAAUCGAACAUGUUCUCGAAUCUACGGCCGCUGAGCCCAGUGUGAAGCGCUUAGUUUACACUAGCUCGUCCACGGCAGCAACAAAUCCGAAGCCAAAUGUCAAGUUCGAUAUCGACGAGAACACCUGGAACGAAGAGUGCGUCGAGCGUGCGUGGGCGCCAGGUCCUAUUAAGGAAGAUCGAGCCUGGGAUGUAUAUGGUGCGAGCAAGACUCAAGCCGAGCAGGCGCUAUGGAAGUUUGUAAAGGAGAAGAAGCCUCAUUUCGUUGCCAAUUCCGUACUGCCAAAUACAAACAUGGGCCCAAUCAUCGACCCUGACAACCAGCCUGCGAGCACUGGCAAUUGGGUUCCAGACACGUACAAUGGAGGUACAGCAAUGGACACUCCAGCUCCACAGUAUCACGUUGAUGUCCGAGAUUGUGCACGGCUACAUGUCGCCGCUUUGAUCGAUCCUGAGAUACAGAAUGAGCGGGUCUUCGCGUUCACUGACCCAUUCAACAAAAACAUUAUCAUCGACAUUCUGCAGGAGCUUCGUCCUGAUCAUAAGUUCAACAACCGCUUGGAGAACCCAGGCAAUGAUCUAAGUGUUAUUUUGCGGAAGCCACGUACUGAGGAGAUUCUACGCAAGAACUUUGGCCAGGAGAAACUCAUUCCUCUUAGAGAGAGUGUUGAGGCAAACAUAGCUCAUUUGAAAUAAAAUUUCACAAUAGUUAGGCAACAGAAAUAAAACCAUGCCCGUAGUCAAGCAAUUCCAUACGACCCAUAACGCUAUAAACAC